AUGACUGGCAAUCAUGGUGGGCGUAGGAGAAAGGCGCCGCAACAGGACCGUCCAGCACGCGACAAUGACUUGGACAUAUCACAAGGCAACUCCGAUGGACAAGAUGGCGCCGAGGGGUCACAGCCCAAGAGGCGCCUGCAGAGGCUCACCCCCCAGCAAACCCAAGUGCUUGAAGGGUUUUUCGGCAUAUGCGCGCACCCUGACGAGAAUCAAAGGAUGGGGAUGAGCGAGUCGACAGGUCUCACGAUGCAGCAAGUCAGGUUUUGGUUUCAGAACAAGAGGACACAUAUGAAGCAUGUGACUGGAAAAGAAGAGACCUACAGGAUGAAAGCGCAGAAUGAGAUGCUGAGGGAGGAGAACAAGAGGCUUGCAUCCGCAGCCAAGACUUCAUUUUGCCCCUCCUGCGUUGCUUUACCAGGACUGAGUCCCUCUGGGGAGGUGCAGAGGCUAAGGCAGGAAAACGAGCAACUGAAGCAACAGCUCUCACAGCUGCGUGCUGAAGCGCAUCCAAGUUCAAGCCGUCCUUUUCAACUUGACCCAUCCAUGGAGAAUAUCACUGGAAGAGAGAAUGACAUGGAUGCGAUUGCUGAACUCGCUCAAAGUGCAAUGCACGAGUUUGUCGUUCUGGCCGAAGCCGGCGGACCUCUGUGGAUGCCUGUCCCUGGUGGUUCCUUUGACGUGCUGAACAAGAUGGCUUAUGCUCAAACAUUUGGCGCAAGAAGCAGUGCAAAUGUGAUACUAGGAUUCAUGACCGAGGCUACUCGUGCUGAUGACAUGGUCAUGAUGGACGCCAAGCAGAUUGUGGACUACAUCAUGGAUUCUGAGUGCUACACAUCUUUCUGUCCUGGACUUCUGACCAGUGCAAAUACCACCAAGAUUUACAAGUGGCCUACCAGUGCAGGCUACAAUGGGGCUAUGCAUCUGGUGACCGUCGAGACGGUGUUCCCAUCACCACUGGUGCCAUCUAGGAAAUGCACAUUCGUGAGGUGCUGCAGGGAUAUGCAAAAUGGGACAGUGAUCAUCGUUGAUGUGUCUUUGGACAACGGUGACGGCACUGUCAAAUGCCACAAAAUGCCAUCAGGAGUGCUAGUUCGGAGCCUGAAUUCCGACGCCAGCCAGGUCACUGUCAUAGAGCAUGUCCAAGUGAAUGAUACUGGUCUUCACGAGCUCUACCGCCCAAGCUUGAGCGGACUGAUGUUCGGAGCUAGGCGCUGGGUGUCGAGCAUCGUGCGACAAAGCGCACGCAUGAGAGAUCUCUUCGUUGUCAGCAAAAGCGCCUCGAACGGCAACACAAAUGGGAGGAAGACCCUCAUGAAGAUAGCGGACGGCCUGCUCGCGGGCUACGCCAGCGGCAUUGCCGCCGUCCCUGGGGGCGGAUGGACCAUCCUGCGUGGCGCUGGCACGGAAGACGACAUCAGGAUCUCGUACAGGAGGAACAACGAUGACAGCAACACCGCCAUCGUGUCCGUGUGCGCGUCAUUCCAUCUGCCAGUGCCGCACAGGGUGACGUUUGAUCUGCUCAAGAACAACCUGUUGCGCCCAAAGUGGGAUGUGCUGGUGAACGGUAAUUCGGUGAGGGAGGAAGUCGCUGUAUGCAAAGGCGUAGGAGGAGGAAUUGAUGAUGUUGUCUCCAUACUGCAUCUCAAGGAUCCGCCCACCGGGGAGAACAGGGACAACAUCAUGAUCCUCCAGAACAGCAGCUACGAUGUGUCAGGCGCGUUCAUGGUCUACUGCCCAGUCAACAUCCAACUGAUGAAUGAGAUCAUGAGCCCCAGCGACACGGCGGAGAGCAACAAGGUGUCCCUCUACCCCACCGGCUUCUACCUCCUCCCCGUCGAGGACACUGCCCUUGGCCUCGGCGAGGGUGGAGCAACUCUUGUGACCGUGGGGUUCCAGAUUAUGCUCAAGCUCGCUCGUGGCACCGGCCUGUAUCCUAGGUCCGCGUCCACGGCCGUCGGUCUGAUGACAGAAAACAUUGCUACCAUCAAGAAGACUCUGACCAGCAGCCACCCCAUCUUCUAUAGGAGGCAGCCCCCCAACAAUUUCAUCUAG